AUGGUCGAACUGAACGGCUCGUCGUCAACAACAGCAAUAUCGCCGAAACGACCUUGGGAAGACACUGUGCUGUGGAAUAACGAACAGGAAAUAUGGUUUGCACAGUCAGCUCCACUCACUGGCCUUUCUAAAAAAUUGGGAACUGAAAUGAGAGAUGGAAUUUUAGCGGCUUUUGAAGAAGUUAAUUCUAUGGGAGGAGUUUGGAAUAACAAAAAGCUGAAACUCUUAACUUUGGAUGAUGCCUAUGAGCCUACCAAUACAAAGAUUAAUACCGACUUCUUUCUCUAUAAUACAACACCCCCUACCAGCUCGCUUAUUUAUCAGCCUUACCUUAACUCAUCAUCUCCUCAAUUUAUUACAAGUGUAGAUGUUAGUAAAAUAUUUGGAUUAAUUGGAUAUGUUGGAACACCAACUGUUAGUGCAGUCUUUCCAGAUGUUACUAAAACUUCCAUUCCACUUCUUGGUUCAUUCACUGGAGUUGGUUGGCUUAGAACACCUUUCUAUCCAAAUGUUAUUAAUUUGAGAGCUUCGUAUGAUGAUGAAACUGCUGCCAUGGUUGAUUGGCUUGUAAAUACCAAACUCAUCAGAAGAAUUAGUAUCAUGUAUCAGAAUGAUGCCUUUGGUAUUGCUGGUUUUAACGGAAUUAACAGAUCCCUCGUCUCACGAAUGAACAUUUCACUCUGCUCUACAGGUCUGUACACUAGAAAUACAUUGGCAGUUGAAGAUGCCUUCUAUACGAUUGGAAAGUGUAAUCCUGAGGCAAUUGUACUUGUUGGAACGUAUGCUCCACUUUCAAAAUAUAUCAAAAUGGUAAAGAAUGUGGCCUUCUCUGCUAACGGAACAAAUUACGGAUAUGAAAAGGCAAGUGAAAUGAUAUUCUUGACAGUUAGUUUUGUUGGAAGUGCUGCCCUGACUGAUGAUUUGAAUCAAUCCCCUUUGCCUUCUUUAAAAUUUGCAUCGACAUAUUAUACGGAUAAUGUUAUCAUUUCACAAGUCGUGCCGAGUCCAAUGGAUUUGACAGUACCAGUUGUGAGGUCUUAUCACAGAGCUAGAAAGGCUUAUCUGAAAGCAACUGGAAAGGACGUUUCUACCUUUCAACCAACAUUUAUUGAACUCGAGGGUUAUUUGACUGGAAAGCUUGCCUAUUCAAUGCUCAAAACUAUUAUAGGUGAUUUAACAAGAUCAAAUUUUAUUGCAACAUCUUACAUUGAUUAUACUGCAGGUAAUUCUGAGACUAAUAAUGGUGGUUCAUUUGUUUUUGAUGGAACCAAGGUCAAUUUCAAAUGGUGUGAAAGUGCCAAUGUCUAUGAUCAAUAUUUACCAUUCUCUGCCAAUGCAACAUCUGUUAGUUGUGCUUCAAAUUGCAAUCAAGGACUCAAGAUUGUUUAUUUGAGUUCUGUUAAUAUUGGAAAAACACCAUACGUUUCCAAUGUUUCAUUCUCAGUUUUUAAACAACUUUCAUGGUACGAAUAUGGAUCUUGCAUUUCAGAUACAUCCAUUCUCAAGAAACCAAUAAUAUUUGGUCAAUCCAUUGAAAAAGAAAAUCUUCAAGAUGAAAUGUUAAGAAAGGGAAUUCAAGCUGCUUUCAAGAGAAGAAAUUCCAAAGUUUCCUCUGACAAAUUGCAAAUCGAAUUGAAAACUCUUUAUCACAACGAUUCUAGUUCACUUCUCUUCAACACAAGAGAAUUAAAGAAUUUGCAUGAAUCUGUUGCAUUGGUUGGUUUCACAGAGGGUGUACUCAAUUUGGAUGGAAUUAAUAAUGCACAAACUCUUGAUAUCAAACAAAACAGUGAGUAUUCAGAUAUUGCUAGUGUGAUUGCUGCUACAAAUUUGAGAACUCUUAGGAGCUCGUUCUAUUCUCCUGUUAUGAAUUUACACUUGACAUUGACAGAACAAUUGGGAACUUUAAUUACUUAUAGUAUGAAACAAGCUCAAUCUAGAAUGAGUGUUAUUUACAAACCUGAUUGCCCGUAUUCAAGUGAAGCUUUCCAAACAUUUUCCACCAUGAUGAAUAUUAUUAAUUUGAAUAUUGACAGUCAAUCUUCUAUCAUCAAUUCAGAUUCAGGCCUUAAAUCAUUGGAUACAAUCAUUGAUGAAUUGACUAGUAAUGCCAAUCCACAAGUUUUACUCAUUACUCUCUUUGAUAGUUAUGAUAGCAUUGUAUCUAUACUUUCAAAGAUUCAGCUCACCUACACAACCAAUCCAGUUUUCAGAAAGGGAUUGAGUAUUUAUCUGAUUAAUUCUUAUUUUUCUGAUCAUGUAGAAACCAAGAUGAAAUCAUUCUUAGCAGCUAACGUGAAUCCAUCCUCUCCAUUCCAAGUUUUCUAUGUUUCUCACAUCCCAUCAUUUUCAUCAAGCUCAAAUUCAUUUGUUACAGAGUUUAACAAGGUAAUCAAGGAUUACUAUCCUUCGGAUUCAUCAGUUUGGGCACACAAAAGAACUUUGGAAGGUUAUUAUAUUGGAAAAUUUAUUACCACAAUAGUGGAUACAGUGGGAAAUCAAAUUACCAAAAAAUCGUUUAUGGAUUAUGUCUAUACUCAAUCUGUAAUUAAGGAAUCUGAAACUGGUAUAACUUUUGGAGCGUUUUCUAAAUCUGCCACCAAUCCAUGUAAUUUGGGAUUGAGAACUGGGUUUUUAUACUCCUAUUCCGGAUCUGUUUUUACUGAGACAUUUACCAAACAAUAUGAUACAGCUUCUUGUGCAUUCCAAGAUUAUAAGGGAACCUAUAGAAGAAGUGGAUUGGCAGAUUCCAUUUCUAGUGUAAUUUCAAAACCAAUUAUAUUCGGUCGUCUUAUUCCCUAUGAUGAUGACAGUUCCACAAAGGCAGGAAAAUUGGAUUUGAUAUCUGAGGCACCUCAUUCAUAUGAUGCCUAUUCAAGAGGUCUUCAAACCUAUCUCACUGUUUACAAUUCCAAAGCAUCUCAAAAAAUUGAAAUUCACACAGAAUAUUUUUCUGGAGAAGUUGAGAAAUAUGGUCUCGAAUACAAGUUACAAUCCCUUUCCACAAAACAGGGUGUAUUUGGCUUUUUUGGAAGUAAUUUGAGAUUGAGUGUUGAUCAAUAUGGAAAUGUGACGGAUAUUUUGAAAAAGUAUCAAAUUCCAAUGUUUGUCUUGGCUGGUUCGCUAGAAUAUAGAAAACCAUACUCUAAAUACUUUAUUAAUUGGAGACCAUCAGUAUUUGAUGAAGUAAUUGCCCAAAUGAAAUAUUUUAAGCAAACCUACGGACAAGCUUCAAUUCUCUAUUCACCAAUUGGAUAUUAUACAACAAAAACAAUACCAUCCAUUAAGGAAUAUAUUGAGAAUUAUGAUGUUGGAUUGGAAGUUUUUGAUGUUGUGAGUAAUCCAACCUCAACUGCAAUCCAACUUUCCAAUCAAAAUAUUGAGGCAGUCAUUAUUCUUGCUCAUGAAACAGAAUCAAUAUCUUGGAUUGAGGCUAUUCUCAGUUUUAAUCCGACCAUCAAGAUUGCUAUUCCUUCAGAGACCUAUAGUUUACUGUUUGAAAAGGGAUUGAAUAAUUUAUAUACCAAACAUCCUGACAUGUCCACAAAUUUCCUCAUUGUGCCUAGAAUCAAUAUUGCUCCAGUUGUCAAACAGGAAUCUGUCUGUAGCAGUGUUGAAACCAUUCAAUCUGAAAAGAAAAAGACAUUUAUCAAUCAAUUUUUAGCCAAUUACCAAUAUUCUGAACCAGCAACUCAUGAAACAUUGGAAGGUUACCUGUUUGGUUUCUUUUUGGAAACUGUUUUUACCAGAAUUUAUCAAGAAAAAUUUACCUCCACUGUUACCUUACCUGAUUUCUUCAGUACAAUCUUUUCAAAUUAUGUUUACGAUAUUGCUGGACUAACAACUAUGGGCCCAUUUGGUUUGGAAUGUUCCUCAACUAAUAAUGUAGCCAAUAUCACUGUUGCAACAGGUGAUUGUGCAACUAGUUAUUCAUCAGCAAGUAGCUCUUGUGAUUGCAAUCAAGGACCUCGAUCUGUUUUGCUCUCUUCUCUCAAUGUUGAGAAUGGUACAACUUCAUUCACUGAUAUUUCCUUUGAUUUUUCAUUUAGUACAUGUGGAGUUGCCAUUGUUCCACCAGCAGUCACUAAGCUUCAAAUUGCAAUGAUUGUUCUAUCUCUUGUAAUAUUCUUCUCAAUUCUAGGAUGUAUUGGUAUCAUAUAUUGGAGAUAUCUCAAGACAAGACAAGGAAACACAACAUAUGCUCCAAAGACUGGUAAUAUUGCUUGUGCAUUCACAGAUGUUCAAAAUAGCACUGUUCUUUGGGAAGCUGAUGCCAAGGCCAUGAGAGAAGCUUUGAAAUUACACAAUGAAGUUCUCAGAAAGAAUUUGGAAGCCUUCAGAGGAUUUGAGGUCAAGACAAAUGGUGAUAGUUUUUAUGUGGUAUUCAAGAGUGCUGUCGAUGCUUUGGAUUGGAGUAUUGCCUGUCAACAUGAUUUGAUGGCAUGUAAUUGGCCUCCUGAAUUACUUCAACAAUGGGAUUGUAGAACUCAAUGGAAUGAAAAGACAAAGGAAUUAAUUUGGAAUGGAUUGCGAGUUAGGAUUGGUCUUCAUUUUGGGCAAGCAGAACAAAUAUUUGACAAGACUAUGAGAAGACCAGAUUAUUAUGGAACAACCAUUAAUACUUCUGCAAGAAUUGAAGCAGCUGCUCAUGGUGGUCAAAAGACAAAACGUACUUAUGGAGCUUUAAGAAAUGUAGAUUUUGAUGAAAUUGAAAAACAAGAUUCAGCUCAAUCUUUACCAACUCCAACUGGACAUCAAUCAACUCACAAGAAGGAAUUAAAGGAUGAAGAAGUUCAAGAAAUGGAAAUUCACACCUUUUCAAAUACAGCAGGCAAUACAAAGAAGAAUCGAAUCGUUCCACUUGUUGAAGGUCCAACUCCCAAAUCAUCAGGUUCUCUUUCACAUCGAAGCAGUGAUAAUGGCAGUACCAAACAUUUACAAUAA